AUGGCUCCCCAAAUUACCGGUCGCGUGAAGCCGACGAAGAUCAAGAAGCAGGUUCGAGGCCAGAAGAGAAAGCGGGACGAUGUCGAUGUCGAAAAGCUGCAAGAGGCAGUUGAACAGCUCGAUACCAAAACGAAAUACGAGUCUUUUAACGAUCUUCCUCUCUCUGAACCGACAAAGGCCGGCUUGAAGUCUGCAGCAUACAGCACCCUCACAGACAUCCAGUCGAAGGCUAUACCGCUUGCGCUCAAAGGUUCAGAUAUUCUGGGCGCCGCGAAGACAGGAAGUGGAAAGACUCUGGCUUUUCUGAUCCCAGUCUUGGAGAACCUAUACCGAGCGCAAUGCACUGGUCCCGAUGCUGGCCUCGGUGCCAUGAUAAUCACCCCAACCCGUGAACUGGCCAUCCAGAUCUUCGAGGUCAUGAGAAAAGUUGGUGGGAAGGGACAUUUGUUCGCCGCCGGGUUGGUGAUUGGAGGCAAAAGUUUGCGUGAAGAGCAGGAUGCGUUGACGAGGAUGAACAUCGUGGUGUGUACACCUGGCAGAAUACUGCAACAUUUGUCGCAGACGGCACUGUUCAACGUGGACAACCUAAGGAUGCUAGUGCUGGACGAGGCAGAUCGCAUUCUGGACAUGGGCUUUCAGAAAGAUGUGGAUGCUAUUGUCGACUACCUGCCGACAGAGAGACAAACAAUGCUGUUCAGUGCGACUCAAACGAAGAGAGUAUCUGAUCUGGCCAGACUGUCAUUGAAGGAGCCCGAAUACGUAUCAGUUCACGAGGCCGCGCAGAGCGCUACACCCAAAACAUUGCAGCAGAACUAUGUGAUAACACCUCUGCCAGAAAAGCUGGACGCGCUUUGGUCGUUUAUACAAUCGGCAAAGAAGUCCAAAAUACUUGUAUUUCUCUCGUCAGGCAAGCAGGUCAGGUUUGUCUACGAAGCUUUUCGCCAAAUGCAGCCUGGUAUUCCUCUCAUCCAUCUUCACGGACGACAGAAGCAGACUGCUCGACUGGAGAUUACUCAAAAGUUCUCGAAUGCGAAGUAUAGCUGCCUUUUCGCUACAGACGUCGUUGCUCGUGGUCUGGAUUUCCCAGCGGUCGAUUGGGUUGUGCAGGUUGACUGCCCAGAAGAUGCGGACACUUACAUUCACCGAGUAGGACGGACUGCACGUUAUGAGCGAGACGGACGUGCAGUGAUCUUUCUGGAUCCAAGCGAGGAGGAAGGAAUGCUCACUCGCCUUGAGCAGAAAAAGGUGCCCGUCGAGAAAAUCAAUAUUCGGACGAACAAGAAACAAAGCAUCAAAGAUCAACUACAGAACAUGUGCUUCAAGGACCCCCAACUGAAGUACCUUGGUCAGAAAGCAUUCGCAAGUUACGUACGGAGUUUGCACAUCCAGAAAGAUAAAGAAGUUUUCAAAUUGGAGAAGUACCCACUGGAGGAGUUCGCGGCGAGUCUCGGCUUGCCGGGUGCGCCACGAAUCAAAUUCCUGAAGGCAGACCCAGAAGAGAUCAAACGAAAGAAGAAUGCAUCAAGGCAGGCGGCGGUAUCAGAGUCUGAGGAGGAAGAUGACGACGAAGAUGAAGAAGCUGACAAAACAAAGAACAAGAAGAACGGCGUGCGCACGAAGUACGAUCGAAUGUUCGAAAGGAAGAACCAGGACAUUCUUGCAGAUCAUUAUGCGAAGAUGGUUCGACACGAUGACGAGAAGGACGAUAUCGACCUCAACCGCUUGGACGGCGAACAAGAAGCCGAUGAUGAUCUAUUUGAUGUCAAACGCGUGAUACCCGCCGAUGAAGGAGUCCCCAAUUUCGACAUCUCAGCCAAAGAUGCCGCCGAUGCUCAAGCAGCUGGAUUGAAAGCAGUGGCAAUUCCUGGAGCAAAGGAUCCCAUCAUUCUGGACUCCAAGCGGCGCGAGAAGCUUCUCAAGUCGAAGAAGAAGCUGCUCAAGCUCAAGGAUAAGGGCUCGAAGAUCAUAUACGAUGAUGAGUGUAACGCGCACGAAAUCUACGAGCUCGAAGAUGAAGCAGACUUCCGCGCGAGAGGCGAAGCUGAGGCACAGAGGAGGAAGUUUCUCGAGGAGGAGGCCGAGCGUGUCAAGAUGGCUGAUAUCUCCGACAAAGCUCUGGCCAAGGAGAAGAAGAAGGCGAAGAGAGAAAAGAAGAAAGAACGGGAGAGGGCUGAGGCUGCAGGGGAAGACGGCGUGCAGUUGGAGGGCGAGGAAGAUGGCUUUGAAAACUUCAAGCGGGAUGCUGCAGGUCUUGGCUACAGCGACGAGGAGGAUAGUGAAGUGGAAGAGAAGCCGUCGAAGAAGCAGAAGAAGUGGUUCCAAGAAGAUGGCAAGAGGAAGGAUUUGCAUGAAGAGAAGGAGAUUGAGACUCUCGGUGAUCUCGAGGCUGAAGCAGCGAAGUUGCUGGGUUCAUAG